AUGUCAGCGUUUGAAAAGACAUCAACAAUCACUGUACAUGGGUUUGGAUUCGGAAAUUUUGAUCCAAGCCCCCAGGUAAAGAUCGGAAAUACGUUUGCAAACUAUGCUGUUUGGAAGAGUCCGACAGUGAUCGAAGCAAUCAUAAGGCCUGGCACUGGAGAAAAUCUUCCCAUCAGUGUGUAUGAGAUGGGUCAUUCUGUUACCACACCUACUGGUGCGAAUGGAUUUUCCUACUCAGCUCCUGUCAUCCGUGCCAUCAAAGUCAAUCCGCACGGGGAGCCCCACGGCCCUGUGACCGGAGGCUAUGAAGUUACAAUUCAAGGUUCCAACUUUGGAACCUCUGACCAGAACGCAACUGUGAAGUUCAACGCAUCAUUGUGUUCACCUCUUGUUUGGACCGCUGACUCAAGCGUUGUUUGUUUUGCUCCUAGAGGCAUAGGAACAAGGAUUCCUGUUUCUAUCGCAGUCCCGAAUGGAUUUCUAUCAAUGGGAAGAUCAGAUGGAAUAUUCAAUUAUGACAGUCCUGUGAUCCAAGAGUUGCAAGCAGAUACGGGGGGUCCGUACACAUAUGAUUUUGAAGGAGGCGCAAGGUUGACCAUUUUUGGAAUCAAUUUUGAUGCUGUGUCGAAAGUCAAGGUUGGCAAGAGGCCAUCUGCAAGCGGCGGAUGGCAAGCAGAACGAACAUAUGAUUGUUUCAUUCCUGGAACCUUUUACAUUAACAGCACGACUUCUCCUGAGCCUUGCUAUGAACCACCCAAGAAAUGUGUCGGAGGUUUGCGAGACGGAUUAGCUUGUGUGGAUACCAGGUUGAACACAGACUGUGAAGGGGGAGGCCUGUGCACACCUGACUGGUGCUCGACCCCUGUGUGGUGGGGGGCACGUGGAGACAAAUCAUUGAAUCCAUCAUUAUGUGCUUCGAAAAGUUUCGUUCAAUGUAGCUCUAAUCCGAAUGACAUUGCGUGUGAUCCAUGCUCGCUGAUGUGUCCAACCAAUUGGUACACAAAAUACGAAUCCGCGCACAAAAUUUGCAGUGUAGAGAGGCUUCAAUGUGAACUGCCUGCAGAAGGAGGUCGGUUCAAUGUGAUGGUGGAAUUGGCUGGUCAGGAAAGUCAGUGGGUUGACUGCACCAACCCUGUCAUCGAUUGCUCCAAGCGAGUGUGCGGAAACAUUUGCAUGAAUGGGCCCAACGUUGGACAGUCCUGCACCACGGGUCCGACGCCUGUCUGCCAAGGGGGCACUCAGAGGGACUCAACAGUCUGCACGCCACAGAAUCCUGUGGAGUGCGGGGCAAUGAAUGGGUGGAACAGAGAGGGAUCGGACGUUUUGUAA